AUGCGCCUUAAAGAGGUGGCACAUGCGCGGCCGAGCCGUCUGUCGCCGAACGAGUGGACGCACCAGACUCACGAGCAGCGUAAGCUGCUGCACGAUCUGCGAAAAAAAGGGCGGAAUGAGCCGGGGACGAGCGCAGCGGCCAUGCUCCACUGGUACAUGGAGCGCGUAAAAGAGAGCCGCACCCGCCUCGCGCAGAACAGCGCAGAGAGCGAGGAGGCGAUUGCCUACCUGAUGCAGUACGCGGCGCGACGUCGCGACGUCGCGACACUGCGCCGCCUUCGUGCGCCAGCACAGGCAUGGACGCAGCAGCAUGUGCAACGUGCGGCGCUGUUUUCCGAAUCCACCGGCAGCCAUACCGCCGACCCUCUUUUGCUGACGCGCCUCGACAAUACCCUGUUUAGCUUGGCCGCGCAGCAAAACAACUGGACGGUAAUGCACAUGCUGGCAUCCUCACGUCGCGACGAGCGAUGGACACCGUUCAUGUGCCUGUUUGGCGCCAUGACGCGCACGCCUAUCGAAAUCCUUGCACCUGAGCAGCUGCUUCCUCCUCUCGACACGCGAUUUAUCCUGGAACCCGACACGAAUUCGGUGCUAAUCAUGAUGGAUGCGCUUGCCAUGGCAGCAUCCCAUGAAAAAGGCGCGGCGCUCCUCGGCUUGCUCCAGCAGGUCGAGCGGACAUGGGGCGUGCUUGCUUCCGGCGUAGCACAGCCGCUUCUGUACGACCACCGCCCGUUUAUCAAGCUCUUGCAGUAUUGCAUGGACACGGACGACCGCGUUCUUGCGCGCCGCGCGCUCCGAUAUCAGCGUGGCGCCAUGCAGCGUACACUGCAAUGGUACAAGCAAGCUGCGAUGCCGAUUCACGACUUCCACGAGCGGCCCAACACAGAAACGCUCCGGCGGCGCUGGGAGGCGUCCCUAGCCCGGCUGCAAAAUCGCGCAUGGAUCAAAAAGGCGCAUGCCGAUGCACUCCGCGGGUUUGCCAAGCAGCUCGCUGCGGCGCACCGCACGAGUCCCAAGCGGCCUCGGAAUGCACUUCAUACCCCGUCAUAG